AUGGCGAUGAAGACCACGAUUGCUUUCCUUGUCGYAGUYUUUUCYAUUUGCAAUGCAGSYCUGGUUGACGAGUACGACCAUUUCGCAGCCCUCGAYCCURACGAGAAAGURAAGCUYUACUGGACSAUCGAUGAAGARACUGUAUCGUUUGCKUUAGAUGGCGCUACCAAAGGUUGGGUUGGAUUCGGUAUUUCAACGGGCCAAGGGAAGAUGGACAAGGCYGAUWUGGUYAUUGGAUGGGUGAAAGAUGGAAAGCCGUAUUUAUCGGAUAGACAUGGUGUUGGUCAUUACCCCGCGUUAGACGACCACAACGACUACAAGUUAAUCUCUGGUAUGGAAGACAAUGGCCGUACUAUCAUCAAGUUCAGCCGAAAGAUUGAUACUUGUGAUAAACAGGACCAAAUACUCAAGGGGGGUACUACUAAGCUGAUUUUUGCUCUCAACGACGAAGAUCCUGAAUCUCCAGACAGUAUCAAAAAGCACACGUUUAAAGGAAUCCGAAGUAUUUUCUUUCUGCAUUAUCAAGGACACACUAAGAAACCCGACGCAUCUUGGAAACAUUUUGACAUCUUGAACAGAAACUAUAGUGUACCAGCCUACCAUACAACAUACCACUGCUCCGUCCAUAGGAUUCCUGAUUUUAACGAAAAGAACCAUAUCAUACGUUACGAUCCGGUCAUUCAGCCUGGUAAUGAAGGCAUUGUCCACCACAUAACAAUCAAAGUUUGUGACCCAAACUUCCCCGAGCACUACAAUAGCRUAUCGGAGGACUGUAAAAACAAGGCAAAUAUGCCUGCUGAGGUUCUGGGCUGUCGUCGACAUGGACUAAUAGCAGGUGGAUGGGCUGUUGGGGGAGGACCUUUUGUAUUCCCCGGCCAUGUUGGGUUUGCYGUGGGUACCGAGUUCGCUGGAAGACACUUCGUCAUGGAAGUUCACUACGAUAAYCCUGGAGAAAUAAACGGUUUUUAUGACAGUUCUGGCUUGAGGUUUUAUUACACUAACAAGCUUAGGGAAUACGAUGCUGGUCUUUUGAGCUCCGGUGUUGCUGUUACGAAAUGGAUGAUGAUUCCACCAAAACAACAAGCCUGGAAGACUGUUGGAUACUGCUCAAAACAAUGCACUGAAGAGGCUUUGAAGAGAAGUCCGCUUCCGGGAGGUGGCGUCAUGAUCUUUGCGUCUAACUUGCAUACUCACCUCGCAGGUCGAGCUGCUUGGACACAGCAUAUCAGAAAUGGAGUUGAAUUGCCUGAGAUAGAUCGUGACGACAAUUAUGACUUUAAUUUCCAAAAUAACCGGAUUCUGGAUAAGGAGAUUCACUUUAAACCUGGUGAUGAUAUCAUCCAUACCUGCAUCUAUAACACCAUGGACCGUGAAAACAUGACCUACGGUGGAGCUGCUACAUCAGAUGAAAUGUGCUUGAAUUACCUUACUUACUACCCAUUCCUACCCAAUGUGUCUCGUCUUUGUAGAUCUAUCGAUCUGCAAGCUGGGUCGGCCAUGUUGAAAAAGCAUUAUCCCGAGCUUAAGUCGCCAAUGAAAGCACUGAGGAACCCGAUUAAGACAAGUAACAAAACAUGGACAAAGGAAAUGAUCGACGACUAUAGGAAAAUGCUUGAUGAACAAACUGGCUUUACUGAGAGUUUUCAGAGUUGUAACAACUACAACAAUAGGAAUCUUCCACUAGCGGAAAUAGUCAAAGAUAAAUACCAGAUCCCAAUACCAAAGAUCACUACACCGCUACCUAAACCAACCGACAACUGCAAAGAUGUGAACAGCUCAGCUAUAACUCUAUCUGUCUGGUUUUUGUCUCAUGUCGUUUGUCUCGUUGCAGUGACUAUUUUAACAUAGGACCUUUUUGUCAUGUUUUGUAUUUCUUAAUAAAUUAGAAUGCAUUGGA